GGCAUAGUAUCGCUUCAGCCAAUAACCUCGGAGGCUCAUAUAUCAGGCUCUACUUGCAAUGCUGCAGUUCUGGAUCCGGAGCUUUGGAGCUUUGCUCCUUCUGGCCUCCGUGGCCCACGCUCAGUUCCAGUUCUUUGAGCAUAUGUUUGGCGGCGGACGUCAAGAACAUCAGCAGCAAGCCGCUCAAAAUGAGCCCAGCGAUAGCUCACGAUAUCAGAACAUGUGGGAAUCAGCUCAAUGCGACAAGUAUCUAUGUCCCGGCACACUUGCUUGCGUCCAUUUUCCUCAUCAUUGCCCAUGCGCACACCCCGAUAGCGAAGACAAGAUCGAACUCGGUGAAGGAAGCGCUGUCUGCAUCUCGAAGGGAGGAUUCCAGCCCGGCGAAGCGGCGCGCAAGAUUGAGUUGGCUCGGAAGGGCGUCUUGUGAUGGAUUCUUAACUUAGUAUGCGCGAUUGGACUAGGUUUAGUUUAUAUUAUUCUUUGUGAUAUCAGUUCGAGUUGGUUAUGAUGCAUGGCGCGAGGUGAUAUGGUGUCUUUGCAUAUAAUAUCCAUGGAUUGUAUAGCAUGUGUAAACUCUCGGCGGUGCUUACAAUGAGGAUGAUAACGCCGGAAUUGACUGGCAAGGUCACAUGGUGUUGUACUUUCGAAACAUGCCCUUUUAUAA